GCUGGAUGGUGCGUUUUUGGAGCGCACGCAGGACGUAACACGGGGCUUUCCCCUUCUGUCUGAUGGAGACGGGGCUGAGGAAAGGACCAAGUCCGGCCGGCGGAGACCACCUCGAGGAUCCUGCGGGAAGGACUUCGCUCCUGCUGCUGUAGAAAGGCGAGAGGAGCGGAGAGAGAGAGAGAGAGAGAGAGAGGGGGAAGCGAGAGGGGAAGCACGGGAGAUCCUCCAUCAUCGGAAAGUCUCCUGCAUCUCUUCCAGGGCGUGCCUCUGCGAUUGUGUCUAACAUGCACGCUCUCAAGAGCGUAUAGAUUCUCUGAUCAGCUGUAGCGUGUGCUUCUUUGCGAGUGUACUUUAAGUGCAAAAAUGGGUUCGGUGGGCGCAGAGCGUCGCAGGCCCACACCGGCCCAGACGCCCGAGGAGAGGGAUGUGUGGAGGGAUGGAGGGAGAGCUCUAUGGAGGGAGGGCUGGAGAGAGGGAAGAGAGAGCGGUGUGGUGCAGAGCUACAGCUUCGAUUCGUACCAGCUGGAGGAGGAGGAGAUCAGUAAAGACGCCCCAGAGCGAGGAGUGCUGGCUUUGUCCGAGCCCGACUUUGAGGAACCGAUCCCUGACGACCGUUACCAUGGCAUCUAUUUUGCAAUGCUACUGGCUGGAGUGGGUUUCCUGCUUCCCUACAACAGCUUCAUCACAGAUGUGGAUUACCUGCAUCAGAAGUUUAAAGGGACAUCAAUAGUGUUUGACAUGAGUCUGACGUACAUCUUAGUGGCUUUGUUGGCCGUCAUCCUCAACAAUGUGCUGGUGGAGCGGCUCAGCAUGCACACAAGGAUCACUGUCGGUUACAUCUUAGCUUUGGGGCCGCUGGUCUUUGUGAGCGUGUUUGAUGUUUGGCUGGAAAAGUUCACCACCAAGCAGGCUUAUGUCAUCAACCUGGUAUCAGUAGGAGUGGUGGCCUUCGGAUGUACAGUGCAGCAGUCCAGUUUCUAUGGUUACAUGGGGAUGCUGCCCAAGAGGUACACACAGGGGGUAAUGACUGGGGAGAGUACAGCCGGGGUGAUCAUCUCACUGUCCCGCAUCUUCACCAAGCUGCUGAUCAAAGACGACAAGAAGAACACGCUGAUCUUCUUCCUCGUCUCCAUCAGCAUGGAAAUGCUGUGCUUCCUGCUUCACCUGCUGGUCCGCCGCUCACGAUUUGUCCGCUAUUACACCAGCCACGCCCAGGGUAAAGGUCCGGGCAAAUGUCACGAUCCGAGAGACAACGGGACUGGAUACAGGGUUCACCACGAUGUCACUGCAGAGGAAGUAAGAUUUGGAAAUGGUGGCACAGGAACGUCCUCUGUGGAGGAAGGCAUCGAGGACAUUGUGGGCGGUACCUAUGUUCGAUUUGAUGCCCCAAAAGCCAAGAUGAGAAGGAGCUGGCCCGGUGUCCGAGACAUGAUCUUGCAUCGUUAUGUGGUGUCCCGCGUGAUCUGGGCCUACAUGCUGUCUAUAGCUGUGACCUACAGCAUCACUCUCUGUCUGUUUCCCGGGCUGGAGUCUGAGAUACGAAACCCCACCUUGGGGGAAUGGCUCCCCAUCCUCAUCAUGGCCACCUUCAACAUGUCGGACUUUGUUGGCAAGAUCCUGGCAGCACUGCCGUAUGACUGGUCUGGAGGCCGCCUGCUCUUCUUCUCCUGCCUGAGGGUGGUCUUCAUCCCUCUGUUUGUCAUGUGCGUAUACCCGGCCAACGCACCCACCCUCUCCCAUCCUGCCUGGCCGUGUCUCUUUUCCCUCCUCAUGGGAGUCACCAACGGAUAUUUUGGGUCCGUACCAAUGAUCCAGGCUGCUGGCAAAGUGCCGCCUGAACAGCGGGAGCUAGCAGGGAAUACCAUGACUGUCUCCUACAUGACAGGCUUGAUGGUUGGCUCUGCUGUAGCAUAUGCAGCUUACAGCUUCACCGCUCCACCCACAGGAACGCGCUUCUCCACACUGAGCAUACACACACCUGCCAACACUACUGUGUAUUGAAUGUCCAUAGGUUUGAAACGCUCUCACACACCCGCCUGCAUUCACAUACAUGUACACACAUGCUGCACAGGACAGGACAUUUACCCUUGCAGCAGCAUAAACUGAUGGACUAGAGUCCAGCUACAGAAGAAUAAUUUAACCACAAAAAAAAAAGAAAAAAAGAAGUGGCUUUCAGUGUUGAAGGGGAUUAUAUGAAAAACGUCCUCCACUCUCUCAUCUCCUGGUGAUCCAGUGACCUUCAAGCAUCUGCUGUGAUGAACUUCCCUGGAGGCGGAGAAGUGGAGCUGUGCGUCUGCCAGCAGACAGACAUUAGCCCUCAGAGUAUCACACAGUGAAAUUACUGUCUGCAUAUGUGUGAACACAUCAUCUGACAUUUGUACAGUGCAAAGUCAAGUGAUAUUUUGUUGUGGGGAGCAAAUGGCUUGUGGCUUUAGAGGAGAGCUUGUGUCAUAGGUGACGUUAUGUUUGAUAAAUUCUCAGAGCUGUUGCCCAUCAUAGAAAAUAGAUGGUGUUGGGAGUGGUUACUCACAUGAAAAUGUGAUUAGCAUUUUUAGAAGAUGAGUUCCAUUAUGAAACAAAAAUUUUACAUCUUUUCCCCCCAAAAAAUACUUUUUGCUUUUCUCCAAAACACUGUGUUAGAGAUCGGGGCUACGGUUGGGGUUGUAACCAACAAUGACUCAGAACUUGCAGGGUUAACCAAACAGCGUCUUUCCUGCCUGAGAUCCACAGACACCCUGUUAGUUGUCUCAGUCCAAUCAGUAAUGCUACAGUCACACUAGGGAAAAUAGUGGUUGGAGGUUGCUGAAAUUGCAGUCUCAUUGCCUUUGAAAUAGUUGCUUCUGCAACAUCUUUGGUGCAUCAAUAUGGUGAUAAAACAACAAUAGGACAGAGUCCAUCUAUCAGUUUACGAUUGAAGGGGGUCAAGCUGGCAUUUACAUGCAAUCAGUUUGUAAUAAUAUGGCGAUUAGCUGUGAUAAAUGAUGAAAAAUCACCAUCCACUUUGACAGAAAUUCACAGCAUCUACUUCAGAUUCAGAGUCCAGCCGGAACCUCAUAGAUCUGAAACAGAAAUUCAGAAAUUCUUCCACAAAUAGUGACGCAGUUGCUGCAGGAUGGCGAUUUAACUGCACAGGCACUCAGCAAUCCUGCUUUGUUGCAAGAAUAUAACCAGUUGGCAACCAGUUGAGCCAUGUUGCAGACAUGCUGUGUUCAUCGCCACAGACCACUCUCGAUUGCCACCAUGUUGCAGCCAAUCUGUCUGCGUUUAAAAAUGAAGCAGUGAUUAUUUGCAAAAAUGAGAGCAAUUGUUUGGAGACAGAUUGCCUCCUACCUGGCGACCUGUGCAAUCGCCUCACAUUCGAAAGUGAACGCCCGGAGGCUGAGGGUGCCACAUGCUCAAUCUUUGGGUGGCCUCUCGGUUGAGCGUGAGUGGAUCACGCUCAUAUUUAAAAGUCAGCCGUUUUUUUUUUUCAAAUCUCUACACACUUGUAAAAAUUUUGACUGCAUCUUGCAUGUUUGUGAAACUGUGUUGAAAGAAUCUGUCCACAAACCUGCCUAAGUACUUGAACCUGUCUGUGCAGUAGUUCCUACUGCAGUAGGGGUCUCCAGGGCAACAUUUUUGUCAUCACGACACAUCAACUCCAGCUACAGGGUAAAAGAAGAAAUUGUUUAAGUAGAAAGACAGAUUUCAGGUCACUUCUUGCACCCUCUGAUGGCUGAGAAAAGAAUUUAUUUAUAUACCAGAGGAAGCAGCCAUUUCUCACACUAGUGUUUGUUGGUUUAUCAGAAAUAGUUUGCGUCCCCUCUGAACGGUGUCUGUAUGAAAUGUCCAUGUGAUGAUGUGGGAUAUAAGGGGACAAAGCAAUUAGUGCCAAAUGGUCUGUGUUUAUGAUAGAUGCUACUGAGCGAGGUGAAAAAAAAAAAGGUGAAUGUAAAGUUGUAAAUAUAUAGAAUAAAAUGCACUCAAGGCAGUGAAGAGCAUUUAUUUUCACUAAUGCAAAGCCUGUAGAAUCAGAUUCAUAUCUUUUGUAGCUUUGUUUAGUUGAUCUCUUUUUUUCCAGCAACCACGCAGCAGCUUCUUAGUUCCCUCAUGUUUCCUGCUGGAGCUGAUUAAUGUUUCAGUGAUAAGAGGAGCAGCCGAGUUCACAGUUUAUACAUUAUAUUAAGAAAAGAAAGAAAGAAAAAAAACAGGCCUCAGUGUAGAAACCCAUGAAGUGUACUGCAUUAUGUAGGUGACGGCUUGAGUGGAGCCUAAUAAAUGUUGGCACUGUUUGAAAUCUGGUAGGCUGUCAUUUGGGAGCUAACCUCAUUACUGUAUUUAUGUCCCGCUGCGCUGAGGGCACCGUGUUUCCUGAGGCCUCUCGGUGAGCUGCUGGGUUUGAAGGUGUUUUUAGUUA